CUGGUGUGUUUGGAGCGGAACUAUUAUUUCGUGGCUGCGGUUGGAGCCCGGACAUGAUUUGAGCGCGCACAGGCGUUAUGAGCGGAGGCCUUUGGUCUCCUGAAACGCGUCAAAACAUGUCACCACAAGGAGAACGUCAGGCAGCUGAAGUCAUAGAAGAUGGGGAAAUGUCUUCUGAUACUCUCCUCACCAAUGAAACGACACAGGCGAAGAGAAAACCCCCCGCGCACAGCUGCCCACAGUGUGGUAAGAAUUUUACUCGACGCCUGAAUCUCCAAAGACACCAGCUCGUUCACACAGGAGAGAAGCCGUACGUCUGCACCCAGUGUGGCAAGAAAUAUUCCCAAAAGGAGAGUCUCCAAAAACACCAGUUCAUUCACUCAGGAAAGAUGCCGUAUGUGUGCUCACAGUGCGGAAAGGGAUUUAUAGACAGGAAUUAUUUCAAAACGCACCAGCGCGUUCACACAGGAGAGAAACCGUAUCACUGCUCACAGUGCGGGAUGGGUUUUAUAGACAUGAGGACGUUUAGACAACACCAGCGCAUUCACACAGGUGACAGUCUCUACCGAUGCUCAGAGUGCGGGAAGAGUUUUAAUCACGUGGCUAAUUUGAAAACACAUCAGCGCGUUCACACAGGAGAGAAACCGUAUCACUGCUCAGAGUGCGGGAAGAGCUUUAAUCAGGAGAGUCACUUCAAAAUACACCAGCGCAUCCACACUGGAGAGAAGCCGUAUGAGUGCUCGCAGUGCGGGAAGAGCUUUACUCAGCGGGGUACUCUCCUCCAACACCAGCGCGUUCACACUGGAGAGAAGCCGUAUUACUGCUCACAGUGCGGGAAGAGUUUUACUCAGUGGUCUGGUCUGCGUCACCACCAGCGCCUUCACACGGGAGAGAAGCCGUAUCGCUGUUCACAGUGUGGAAAGUGUUAUACGCGUAGAAACAGUCUCCAGCGACACCUGCUCAUUCACACCGGCGAGAAGCCACACGUCUGCUCGCAGUGUGGGAAGAGUUUCACUCAGCAGGGUCAUCUCCAGCACCACAUGGUCACUCACACAGGAGCGAAGCCCUACGACUGCCCACACUGUGGGAAGAGUUUUGCGCAAAAGCACAGCCUCCAAAAGCACCAGCUCACUCACACAGGAGAGAAGCCGUACGAGUGCCCAGAGUGUGGGAAGAGAUUCAGUGACCGAAGUUCUUUCAAAACGCACCAGCACAUUCACACAGGAGAGAAACCACACGAUUGUCUGCAUUGUGGAAUGAGAUUUAUCGACUUGCGUACACUUAAAAAACACCAGCGCAUCCACACAGGCGAGAGCUUGUAUUACUGCUCGGAGUGCGGGAAGAGUUUUAAUCACGUGACUAACUUUAAAAUGCACCAGCGCACUCACACAGGAGAGAAACCGUAUCACUGCUCAGAGUGCGGGAAGAGUUUUAAUCAAGAGAGCAAUUUCAAAACACACCAGCGCAUCCACACUGGAGAGAAACCGUAUUACUGCUCGCAGUGCGGGAAGAGCUUUACUCAGCGGGUUAAUCUCCAUCAACACCAGCGCCUUCACACUGGAGAGAAGCCGUAUUACUGCUCACAGUGUGGGAAGAGCUUUGCUCAGUGGGCUAAUCUGAAUCAACACCAGCGCGUUCACACUGGAGAGAAGCCGUUUUGCUGUUCACAGUGUGGAAAGAGUUUUACUCAUAAAAAUAGUCUCCAACAGCACCAGCGCAUUCACACAGGGGAGAGGCCGUACUGCUGUUCUCAGUGUGAGAAGACCUUUACUCGUAAGAAUAGUCUUCUGCGGCACCAGCGCAUUCACGCAGGAGAGAUGCCUGUGAGUGCUCUAGAUCUUCCACAAAUGCAUCAGAACAUGCCACCACGAGAAGAACGUCAGGCAGAUGAAGUCAAGGGAGAUCCGCAAGUGUCUGCUGGUGCUCUCCUCCCCAACAGAAAGACGCGCAUAAAGAGAAACCCCCCCACUCGCCACUGCCCACAGUGUGGGAAGAGUUUUACUCAGCAGAUUGGUCUCCGAAGACACCUGCGCAUUCACACAGGAGAGAAACCGUAUGCCUGCUCGCAGUGUGGGAAGAGUUUCACUCAGCAGAUUGGUCUCCAGAGACACCUGCGCGUUCACACUGGCGAGAAGCCGCACGGCUGCCCACAGUGUGGGAAGAGAUUUACUCAAAAGCACAGUCUUCAAAAACAUGAGCUCACUCACACAGGAGAGAAGCCACACGAGUGCCCGGAGUGUGGAAAGGGUUUUAGUGACAGAAGUUCUUUUAAAACACACUUGCACAUUCACACAGGAGAGAAACCGUACGAUUGCUCGCAGUGUGGGAAGAGUUUUGUUGACAUGCGUACUCUCAAAAAACAUCAGCACGUUCACACAGGUGAGAAAAUCUGUUACUGCUCUGAGUGCGGGAAGAGUUUUAAACACGUGACUAAUUUCAAACUGCACCAGCGUGUUCACACAGGAGAGAAACCGUAUUGCUGCACUGAGUGCGGGAAGAGUUUUAGUCAAGAGAGCAAUUUUAAGACUCAUCAGCGCAUCCACACUGGAGAGAAACCGUUUUACUGCUCACAGUGCGGCAAGAGUUUUACUCAGCGGAAUCAUCUUCAUCAACACCAGCGCAGUCACACAGGAGAGAAGCCGUAUUACUGCUCACAGUGUGGGAAGAGCUUUAAUCAGCUGAGUCAUCUUUAUCAGCACCAGCGCGUUCACACUGGAGAGAAGCCGUAUGAGUGCUCACACUGCGGGAAGAGUUUUAGUCAGUGGAGCCAUCUCUAUCACCACCAGCGCAGUCACACAGGAGAGAAGCCGUAUCCCUGCUCACAGUGUGGGAAGAGCUUUACUCGUCAGGAUUCUCUCCAGCAACACCAGCGCAUUCACACAGGAGAGAAGCCGUAUGAGUGCUCGCAGUGCGGGAAGAGUUUUAGUCAGUGGAGUCACCUCUAUCACCACCAGCGCAUUCACACAGGAGAAAAACCAUAUAACUGUUCACAAUGUGGGAAGAGUUUUACUUAUAAUACUAGUCUGCUACGGCACCGGUGCAUUCACACAAAGGAGGAGGCUGCCAUUGAUCAGAUUGUACCGAAUGGUUUCAUACUGGCGGUUUGGGCGGAACGAUCGUUCGGUGGUUGCUGCUGUGAGUCGGACAUCAUUUUGGGCACGUACAGAGGCAGAGAUAACAUGCCCCCAGCAGCUGAAGUCGAGGGAGAUCAGCGAAUGUCUCCUGGUGCUCUGCUCCCCACCAGAAAGGCUUGGACACGAAGAAACCCCCCCACUCACCACUGCCCACAGUGUGGGAAGAGUUUUACUCAGCAGAACAGUCUUCAGCGACACCUCCUCAUUCACUCAGGAGAGAAGCCGUAUCGCUGCUCCGAGUGCGGGAAGACUUUCGUUUACGAGACUCAUCUCAAAACACACCAGCGCGUCCACACAGGAGAGAAACCGUAUCACUGUCCGCAGUGCGAGAAGAGUUUUACUCGUCAGAGCAUUCUCCGACAGCACCUGCUCAUUCACAGCGGAGAAAAGCCGUACGACUGCUCUCAGUGUGGGAAGAGAUUUACUCAGGUGGGUCAUCUCCAGCUCCACCAGCGCAUCCACACCGGAGAGAAGCCGCACUGCUGCUCAGAGUGUGGGAAGAGCUUCAUCCAUAAGAACAGCCUCCAAAAGCACCAGUACAUUCACACAGGACAGAAGCCGUAUGACUGCUCUCAGUGUGGGAAGAGAUUUAUCGACUCGCAUACUCUCCAGCAACACCGGCGCAUCCACACCGGAGAGAAGCCGUAUCACUGCUCAGAGUGCGGGAAGAGUUUCAACCAAGUGGGUCAUCUCAAAACACACCAGCGCAUCCACACUGGAGAGAAACCGUACGGCUGCUCGCAGUGCGGGAAGAGUUUCAAUCGGCGGGAUUAUCUCCAACAGCACCAGCGCACUCACACAGGAGAGAAGCCGUACUACUGCUCGCUGUGCGGGAGGAGUUUUGCUCAGUGGACUAAUCUCCAGCAGCACCAGCGCAUUCACACAGGAGAGAAGCCGUAUUGCUGUUCACAGUGCGGGAAGAGUUUUACUCAGAAACAUAUUCUCCAGCAGCACCUGGGCGUUCACACGAGAGAGAAGAGCAUCGGUGCUCAGAAUAGGGUUGGGCAAUAUGACAAUGUUGUAUUGUUAUCAUGAUAAAUUACCCCACAACACUCUUUGCUGAUCAUAUCGUGGGUAUCAUCUGUACAUUACUGCAGGUUUGAUUUCAAAGAGAGCGUAAUUAGUGGUUAUAGAUGAUGAAUGAACAUGCUAAGUCCAGAUAGGGUCAUGGUAGCAGUUGGGAGAGCAGAGAAUCCCUGUCCCCAACUUCCUCCAGCUCAUUCCAGGGGAUGCCAAGCCGCUCCCAGGCCAACUUGGAGAUAUAAUCCUUCCAGCAGGUUCUAGGACGACCCCGAAGUCUUGUCCCAGCCGGCCGUGCCUGGUAAACCUCCAUGGGGAGGCGUCCAGGGGGCAUCCUGAUCAGAUGCCCGAACCACCUCAACUGGCUUCUUUCAAUGUGGAGGUGAAGCAGCUCUACACCUCCCGGAUGGCCGAGCUUCUCACCCUGCGAAGUAGAGUAUAUCCCACCACCCUGCGAAGAAAGCUCAUUUCUGCCGCUUGUAUUCAUGAUCUCAUUCUUUUGGUCAUUACCCAAAGCUCAUGACCACAGGUGAGGGUUGGGAUGUAGACCAACAAGUAAACAAAGAGCUCUGCCUUAUGGCUCAGCUCCCUCUUCACCAUUACAGUCUGGUACAGUGACCGCAAUACUGCUGCCCCAGCCUGUGGCCGUCUCAUAAUCCCUCUUCCCAUCAUUCGUGAGCAACAUCCCGAGAGACUUAAACUCCUCUAGCAUGUGGAAUGAUGAAGAAAAGUCAUUGCACUUACGGUAUUUUUAAAAUUUUUUAAAUGUGGCAGCAGUGGUGCCUUCUGUGUGUUCCAACACUAGUUUAGUGAUGCAUAUCGGGUAUCAUAAAUGUUUUUUCAGAGUGCUGUAAAGUUAGGAUAGGAUAGGAUAGGAUAGGCAUCAGUUAGCCUUGUGUGCUCAAUACACGGUCGCUGGUUCGUGGUCCGUCCCUCCUUGGACCACUGUCCAACCCAGUUGUGUGGACAUAGCAAUUUGGUCCUUGUCAAAGUUGCUCAGCGCUACACCUCGACUACGAGAACCGUUCACUUAUCGUCUGAUAUUCCCGACCUUGACAUGCACCAUUGUUUUGAGAAAUUUGAGGUUAUCCACUUCAGCUGUGAGUGGUCAUAAUGUUUUGGCUCACCUGUGCUCUCCUCUCUGCAUGCGCUGAUGGUCCAUGAUGCUGUAGAAUGUAUGCAAAUAUGUUUUCAAAGUUCAGAAAUUUUAUAUAACAAAAGAACAAUUUAAUUAGCCAUCACAGUACUUAGACCAGUGUAGACGCACAGUUUGUAAAUAUCUUGGUUAUAAAAGAUGUUUUGUUGCUCAAGGCUGUUUCAGCAAUACGGUGGAAGUAGUGAUGAUGAUCAAGUGAAAAUUUCUCAUGUCAGUGAACAGUUGAUGGAGAGCAUGGGCCUGGAGAGAGAUCCCAAAUCGCCUGUUUGACGUUCUAGAUGUUUAUUAAUGUCUGUAGUGGAUGGUAUGAACAGUAUGUGAGUACUUGAUAUCUUCUCCUCUUGCUCUAAUAUUAUAAUGUGCAUCAGUGUUGACGUAAAUCUUUGAUCUUGCCACAGAAGAGACCCAGGAGACCGGGGUUUGACUGAUUUCUACAAAAUGUCAUGUUUACUGCUUAAAAUGUUUCAGCUGAUUAAGCUGAUUUUUAUUUAGUUUUUUUUUCAAAACGUUUUUACAUACAUGACUGAGAUUGUACACUUUUAAAAAUGGAUGGUUCUUCAAGGGUUCUUUGGUAAAGAAAAUGGUUCUAUGUAGGAUCAUGAACAUUCAAAGAACCCUUUGCAUGA